AAAAGGUCUGAUAAGUUUAUACAUUCAGAUUGUCAAAUGCAGGACAUAUAUACUGUACCUUUAAUUGAUAUAAGUAUAAUUAUGAUGUCAUAAAGUUUAAAAUAUGUGUCAAUACAAAUCAUCAUUUUGUAGUAAUACUGAAUAUUUGUCAGCUAAACCUCAACCACAACCCCGUGGAAGAUGUCGUCCAGUGAUAGCAUUAAGAAUAUAAAGCCAGAAGAUUAUCCUGUUGAGGUGAAGAAAUGCAUCGGAGAAAUGAGACAACAACGUGAAAGAAUUUACAAUGAACUUGGAAGACUCGAGUUAGAGAGAAAAAAAUUAACAAAUGAUAUUAGAUUCCUAACCACUAGAUUAGCAAAGAUAUCACAAGAUCAAGCAGUAAAAACACAAUUCAGAGCAGAACUUGAUAAGACAAUAGAAGAGACAGAGAAAGCAUAUGAAAGGCUUCUUGAAACUUCAAGAGGUCUAUGUAAAAAUGCUCGCAAAACACAGAAAUCUACACGGUCCCUUCAAGUUUCUAGCCAGCGUCAUGUGACUAUUGAACAAACACCAAGACAACCUAGUUUAAUACCUCUACCACGUCAUUCAAGUGUAACAGCAGCAGGGAACAAUCUACAAGUUUCAUCAAAUGAGGAAAAAGACAAACCAGCAGAAAAUAAAUAAAUAAAUGAUUA